AAUAGAUAGGAAGAGCAUUCCGUCGUAAGCUAUACCACCCAAUUACUCCGACAUCCAGAUGAAGAAAUUUAGGAGAUUUGCCAUAUCUCCUUCCGGGAUCGAGGGCCUAAAGAGAACCGGGAGGAGUCGAAAGACCCAUGGAUUUCCAAGCGCUCAUAUCGCGGCAUCAUAUAGAUCAUACACAUAUAAAGUCAUGUCGUUUCUUCAUACCCUUACGUAUUUAGCCCAAGAGAUGAGGGAAAUGUGUAAUGAGCUACACGAAGAUGUUACCCAAAUGGAAUCUUUCCUGUCUUCUAAGCCUGAGUUCCAUGGCUGUAGGGACAAUCCUCCAGAAUGGCCAAGUCAGGGUCACGGAUUACCCUGACACCAGAAUAAACAUCGCCUCGUACGAAUUCCAGACAUACGAUGCUAAUGCUACAGAAUUAUCUUACAAGGGGAGAUGGGACUCAAAGAAGGUGUCUUGGUGGUCAGCUCCCGGACUCGUCUUCGGCUUCACGGGAGAUACGGUAGCCAUCACAUUCGGAGAGUUAACUACGGACACAACACUCAUCGGCUACCGAAUCGGUGGGCUAGACUGGGCCUAUACCAACGUGACCGCUGGAGCCACGCACCUACUCGUCUCCCCUGAAACCCCCGGCGUGAACGAGACGUCUCCCGGUUAUCCGCUUACAUUUGAACUGCGUGUGACAAACUGGGCCUACGGCGUGCAAAUCGACAAGGUCCACGUCGCUUCGGGGGAGUCACUCAUCAAAAUCCCCCCUUAUAAACGGACGGUUGAGUUCAUCGGGGACAGUCUCUCAUCAGGCAUGUACACGAGCUACGAGGGUCUUUCAAGCUUUGCCUACGGUGUCGGUGCUGGUCUAGGUGAUACUGAGUGGUAUGUCACGGCGUAUCCAGGCAUUUGCGUCUCGGACCAAGACUGCUGGGGUAAUCCGCGAGGGCAAAGCCACCAGUGGUUUUACACAUCUGACACGAGCUGGAGGGCGAGCCAAACUUGGGGAGACGAGCCGGAGACAUGGGAUUUCGACAAACAGGAGACAACUCCCGAUAUUGUUAUUAUCAAUCUGGGGACUAACGACAAUAAUACGGAAAACCACGUCAGUACGGAAACGUAUGUUGACGCAUACAAGAAGUUGAUCCAGGGCGUUCAUGGGAAGUAUCCCGAAGCGCAAGUCCUCGUGAUGCAACUGUGGAUGGGAUUUCAUCCCUAUGGAAACAGUUACCAGCAGGACUUAGGCUACGAGCAAGAACUAAAGGACAUCGUGGCCUACUUCAACUCGGACGAGUACCUGUCUAAACCGGCCAUCUGGGAUGGAACGACGAACACCACGACGACGCUCGAUACACCUAGCAAGUCUUUCGUGCACUACUUCAGUACCAAAGGCAUCUUGCAGCACAAUGAUAUAGGGCCGCAGUGGCACCCGACAGAUGUCGGCGCCAUCAAGGUGGCGAGUCAUCUAAUUCAGUUUAUCAAGCUGACUUUCGGUUGGGAUUUGGUUUCUACCGGUCCUGAGAUUUUCCAUGAUACAUUAUAUUGGAACGACGAACAGAACUACUGACUGGGGAUGAUGCUGUUGGAUGAAAUCUAUUGACUCUAUUGUGAUAUGUACCUAGGCAUCGUGUAAUUGAUUUGGGCAUAUGGACUAUCAUGUGAUUAUUGACCAGACACAUAGCUAGGAUAACGCAGAACCGAGUUAUAAUGUAUAUCUAGGUAGCUGAACAUUAUCACCUUGGCUUCGAAUCUAAUAUAACCUACCUGCCCCUAGCUUUGAGGUGGCUAUAGUAAUCGUCUAGGUCAUAUAAUGGGUCUCGUAUCGUUACUUAUCGCUAGAAAGAGCAUCAAGUCGCGAAGCAGAACGAUGGCACGCU